AUGAUUCAUCACUACAACCGCCGUCCCUCCGUCCGAUCGAGAUCCAGCUGCUGCAAAUCUACUUCAUUCAUCAUCGGGGUUGUGGUGUCGGCGAGAUUUGCUUACUACGGCAUAAGCUCAAAACUCAUGAGGUAUUUUACGGUUAGGGUUUUUGGCUGUUUUUGGAGGCCAAGAUGGCCUCACCCCGUCCCCGGGUAUCGUUCUCAGCGCUCGAUACAUCAACAACCGCAACAUCCACCGCAUCUUAAUACACAUCUGAAAUCCUCUCCGCCUUCCUCAGCAUGUCGUUCAGAUCGGCGAUCAAAACGCGGUGGAUCCGUCGUGCUUCAUCUGCUCGCUGGUAGUUUAACUCAGCCAAAAAAUGGCGGAAAAGCAGUGACCUUCAGAACGAGGAAGUUCAUGAUGAACCGUCUCCUCUCUAGGAAACAAUUCGUCAUUGACGUUUUGCAUCCAGGAAAGGCGAAUGUUUCUAAGGCUGAGUUGAAGGAGAAGUUGGCAAGGAUGUAUGAGGUUAAAGAUUCGAAUGCCAUCUUCGUGUUCAAGUUCAUGACCCACUUUGGUAGAGGAAAAUCUACGGGCUUUGGAUUGAUCUAUGAUUCUGUUGAGAGUGCAAAGAAGUUUGAGCCUAAAUACAGGCUUAUCAGGAAUGGUCUGGACACUAAGGUUGAGAAGUCGAGGAAGCAGAUGAAGGAAAGGAAGAACAGAGCAAAGAAAGACCGUGGUGUUAAGAAGGUAUUGAACCUAUCUUACCCUUUGUUUGCUUAUCUUAUUGCUGGUGGUUGCUUUGUUCAAAGUGAAUGGUUAAGGAAUGCAUUCAGAUGGAAAGAAACUAUCGGCCCAUGGGAAGAAAGGCCGGGCCAUUUUGGUGAUGUUUGGCAUUAUUGGACUGAUGAUGGAUUUGGUCAUCUGCAGUUUCUCCAGCUUGCUGAGGAUUUAAGCAACGCACCUAUCUGUGCAUUCACCAAUGGUGUCAGCCACAAUGAUCAAGUCGACAGUUCCAACAUUGCACCAUUUUUUCCUUUUAUUUAA